AUGACUUCUCUUGAUAUACGCAUUGAACUCCCAGCUUACUCACAUUCCUUCGCCAUACAAGUCGAACAAUGGGCAAACAUCGCAAAUGUCAAGCACGAGAUCGCCAAAUCUUGUCCCGGUAAUCCUCGCCCCGAUGGACAACGUCUCAUAUACAAGGGCCACUUCCUAGCUGAUGAGGAGAGGAUACUGGAUAUCUGGAAGUCGCCUGAUGAUGCGCGUAUUCUCCAUCUGGCGGUGCACCCUUCGGCUUGGACCUCAAAUCCCCCAAGUCUUUCUUCCUCAUCCCCGAUGUUUCCUGCUAGCAGUGCCCAGAUUCCGACUUCCGUGCGUCCUGCUUCAGAACAGGCCUUUUCGCAGUAUCUUCGCGCGCAUACGCCACUAUUGGCCUCUUCAUCCAAUAUGUCUUUGAAUUAUGUCAAUUGGAAACACCAUGUCGCUCUCCAGACACUCCUGAACGGGGUGUCAACUUUGGAUACUGCCCGGAUGACUGAUCCAGAUUGGUGGCGGUCGGUUGCCGUACAGCAUCUCCAUCUUUGUGGCUGGUCAUGGCCUAGUGUCCUUGAUGAAGAGUAUCCUUCUGCUGAAAACUCUGGAGAAGGAUUGAAAUACGAGCAAGUAAUUGGGCUUCCCUAUCUGUCGCUCGCGACCCCGGAUGCGGCUCCAACGCCUAUUCAAACGCAUGCUCUCAAAGUAUUGUCGGUGACAUUCACAAUUCUCACCGCGCCUUCUCCGGAGCUUCCUCCCCUUCCUAUCGCUACGUCGUACAGCACACCGUAUCCUAUCAAUGCACAAACCGACCUCAACGAACACCUGCAGCAGCUGGGCCUUCCGCCCAUCCGCUUGGCUGCCGGCCAAAAUUUCAAUCCUAACCUUCACGUAAACGACCCGAACCAUUUGCCUGGUGCAGUUGCGGCGCCUGCAGUGGAGAUUCGAGCCAUACCCCUACGUGCGCUAAUGGUGCCAUUAAUUAUGCUGGUCUUCCGCACACUGCUUCUUCUCUAUUUCUUCUCACCCAUGAAGCGCCCGUUUUUCGCCCUGCUUCUGAGUGCGUGGAUUUUGUACGAAGCAUGGGGCACAUUACGCGUAGUAAUCGGCGACGGGCGCGUACGGAACCCGCGAGCUGUCGAUCUCAACGGCCGGGUGGACAACAAUGGGCGGCAGGGACCGGCUGACCGCCGCGAUGCAGGAGCAUCGUAUGUCGCGAACCGUGGUCAGAUGCAGGCACUGUUGAAUGGUUUAUCCAACCUCAAUCUCCAUGUGGAGGAUGCAGUGCUGGACGGGGGCCUACCUGUGCGCCCGCCAAGUCUUGGGCACAAAGUGAAGACCUUUGUGAGCCUCAUGCUCCUGACCCUCCAUCCGGCCGUGUGGGAUUAUCGUCGUGCUGCACUGCGAAGAAGGGAGGGUCGCCUUCGCACGGAGGCGAAUAUAAGGGAGGCUGCGAUGCAGAACACGGAUGGCCAGAAUGCAGCCGGGAGCCCAGGUGAGCGAACGGAAGACGAGACGAGGGUGAAGGCAUUAAUCGAGGCGCAUGAGAGGCGACCUACGUGGGUUAAAGAGUACGUGCACAGGGUGCAAACGACGGACUGGGCUGACGAUGUAUGA